GCGAGCGAGCGAGGCAGACGGACUAAGAGAGAGAGAGAGAGAGAGAGCAAAGCCGACGAGGAGCGCUUCUCUCCCGCGACCAUUUCCUUCCGCAGCCCCCAUGUUGGAGCACUCCUCCGAGCUGGCCCUGGUGCAGGGUCUGUAUGCCAACAGCAUGCGCUGCCCCCCUACCGUCAGGACCGAGGACCUGCCCCUCAGCAACGGCAUGAAGAUGAACGGGUCGUCGGAACACUUGGAUCAGCCGGACCCGGACUCCAUCAAGAUGUUUGUGGGCCAGAUCCCUCGCUCCUGGUCGGAAACGGAACUCAAGGAGCUUUUUGAACCCUUUGGAGCCGUGCACCAGAUCAACAUCCUGCGCGAUCGCACUCAGAACCCCCCUCAGAGCAAAGGAUGCUGUUUUGUAACUUUUUAUACAAGAAAAGCUGCACUGGACGCCCAGAACGCCCUCCACAACAUCAAGACCUUAAGUGGGAUGCAUCAUCCUAUUCAGAUGAAACCGGCCGACAGUGAGAAAACAAGCGCCGUCGAAGACAGAAAACUCUUCAUCGGAAUGGUUUCAAAGAAAUACGGCGAGAACGAGGUCAGGAUGAUGUUCUCGUCCUUCGGCCAGCUGGAGGAGUGCCGAAUCCUGCGCGGACCCGACGGGCAGAGCAGAGGCUGUGCGUUUGUCACAUUUGCUACCAGGGCAAUGGCACAGAAUGCAAUCAAAACCAUGCAUCACUCUCAGACUAUGGAGGGUUGCUCGUCGCCUCUGGUGGUGAAAUUUGCCGACACGCAGCGGGAUAAAGAGCAGCGCCGUCUGCAGCAGCAACUGGUGCAGCAGAUCCAGCAGCUCAACAGCGCCUCCACCUGGGGGAACCUGGCCGGUUUGGGCAGCCUCACGCCUCAGUACCUGGCCUUGCUGCAGCAGGCCGCUUCCACGAGCAACCAGAGCACUUUCAACAGUAUCCAGAGGCUAGGGGUGAAUCCGCUUCAGCUGCAGAAUUUGGCCACGUUAGCCGCGGCGGCGGCGGCGGCGCAGACCUCCGGCAGCCCCACCUCUUCCAGUGGCCUGUCGGCCGCCACCAGUGCGCUCGGAGCUCUGGCCAGCCCAGCCGGCUCAACGGCGGGUUCCAGCGCCAGUGCCGCCAUGAACACGUUGGCGUCUCUGGGCACCCUGCAGGGUCUCACCGGGGCUUCCGUUGGCCUCAACAACCUCAACGCUCUCACCGCCGGCGUCGGCGGGAUGGGGGCUCUGAACGGAGGUCUGGGCUCGUCCAUGGCCAACGGCUCGGCGGCCAGUUCCAUGGACGCGCUGACCCAGGCCUACUCGGGCAUGCAGCAGUACACGGCCUCGGCCCUGCCCUCCCUCUACCCCCAGCCGCUCCUGCAGCAGAGCAUCCCCGGGCACCAGAAGGAAGGGCCGGAGGGCGCCAACCUGUUCAUCUACCACCUGCCGCAGGAGUUUGGGGACCAGGACCUCCUGCAGAUGUUCAUGCCCUUUGGGAACGUGGUGUCGGCCAAAGUGUUCAUCGACAAACAGACCAAUCUGAGCAAGUGCUUUGGGUUCGUCAGCUACGACAAUCCCGUCUCGGCGCAAGCUGCCAUCCAGGCCAUGAACGGCUUCCAGAUCGGAAUGAAACGGCUGAAGGUUCAGCUGAAGCGUUCCAAGAACGACAGCAAGCCCUACUGAUCCCCCUCCCCUCCUCCCCCCCCAUGCUCCCCAGCUCUAACGCUAGCGACGCUAGGAACAAAUCUCCAUGCCUGUUUGCUCAUCAUUAGCCUAGCAUGUCUUCACGAUGUUGAAAGGCAAGGCGCGCUCCCCGCUGGUCUCCUCCUCCUCCUCCUCCUCCUCCUCCUCCUCAUCCUCACCACCACCAUUGUUUGUGAUGUUUCUCUUAAGAUCGCCUGACCAAUACUUGGCCCCGCCCACUUAGCUCAACCUGACUGGUUUCUGCAUGCGUGUUCAUCAUUUGUCUUUUGUUUUGUAUUGAAAAUGUGACGAGAUGGGAGAGAGGUCAAGCGACAGUAAUGUGAAAACGUACCUACGUUCAUUUUUUUUUCCCUGAAUGUUUUAAAAACCUGUGGGAUUUCUUAGUUGAGCUUUUUUUUAUUAUUCUUUUUUUUUUUUUUAAUACCUCUCGGUAGGGUUAAAUACAGGGAUUGGAACGCCAGCUGUGCUAUUGGUGCCAUUAGCAAUAUGUUGAAGAAAGUAAAGGCUUGGAAACCACUUUUUCUUUUUUUAAACUUUCCCUGAUCCGUUUAAAAAAAAAAAACCUGUCGGCGCUCCUCUCGAGGGAGCGCCACAUUUGGCGGGCAGUGUGAAGACUUUUUUUUUUCCCCCCCUCUCUCCAUCAGGGCGAUUGAAAAUUGGAGUUUGUUUUCAUUUCGACAUUUCUUUUUAUACUACCAAUGGCACAAUAAAAGGUACAUUUGCUCAGUUUGGAGAAAUGGCUACCUACCUACACGAGUCAACUUUUUUAGAACUGAUUCACAAAUAGACAAUCUGUGGUUGAAAUGCACACUUAGAUGACCUAUAUUUUGUACCAUUGAAUCUAUAGAGGUCGAACUAACAGAACCCAGGCAAAAACAUUGGCUUUGUUUUUGUGGGGUGUGUAGAUUUAUGUUGUAAUGUCAUCUGUGGUGGGAAAAGUGGGGGGGGGCGCUGUGGUUUAAAAAAAAAAAGUGACAGUCACUUCUACUCAAUUUGAAAAUUCCUCAGCAUCCGUUCGAAAUUUGUUUCAGGAUGUCUUUGGUACGUAUUGUUGAUUUCUGUGAAUGAUUAUGUACAGAUCUUUUUUUUUUUCCAUUAAUACGGAUGCUUUCACUGUUGUUGGAUGCCUUGUGUGAUUUCCAAUGUUUUGUUGAUCAUGCAGAUGAUAGCCAAUUUUUUUUUUUUUUUUUUCAAAGUGCCCAUGUGUCAAAAGUUUGGAUGCUCCACGACAAGCUCGAGUUUUGUUUUUUGUUUUUUGAUGGCGGUUUGUGCGCUCCUCAAUGCGGGAGCCCCUGAAGACGAGACCACUCACUCAACCCCCCGCCCCUUUGGAGUUGUGACCCCCCCCCCCCCCCCACCCAAUUCCCACCACGCCUGUGUUGGUUUACAAAUACAUUCCACUGUUUCUGCACAAAGUUUACACUUGCCCGAAGGGUGAUUUUCUGUUUUAUUGUACCACACCAAAACAACCACUUCUAUAGCCCCCCCCAAGAUUUUUUGCGCUAAUGAGUUGCCAACUCAGGGUAUUUCUUUGAUGUGUGAGAAACAAAAUUGACGACACGUGUACAGCUUUAUUGGGUUUGUUUUUGUCACCUUGUCUGCAACCCACCACCACCACAAAACGAACAAGACCCCCCCCCUCCCCA